AUGCCACCAGAUCGACGAGUACAACGAAUAGUCCGGGUGCGUACGGGUUGUUGGUCAUGCAGGCGGCGCAAGAAGAAGUGCGAUGAAACACGACCUAUAUGUGGGGGCUGUCAGCGCAAUCACCUGAGCUGCCAGUGGCCCGAUGUUUCGAGGCGAGAUUCUGAGCAAGAUGAACUCCCCCGGGUAGCCGCCACCGAAGAGCGCCGGCCGAGUGUAUUGGAAAGCAUUGAGCCAUUCGGGGAACCAUCACUCGCUGGAAGCCCCUUAUCGCAACGCGCGCCCUCUGUGGUGUCAAAUCCACACUCCGAGAUCGGUGAUCCGCUGGAAGAGCUGAUGCAAGAGACACGCGCACGACGUGUCUCAACAGCGACUCCGAUGACCAGCACAAGUGAUGCACUGAUCGCAUCCAUUUCAACAGCGGAUGUGCUUCCACGCAGCCUAUCCAUGUUGCCUGGCUACGAUGCAGAGUCUUAUCAGCUUCUCAGCCACUACCUUGCCACAACAGCCGAUUGCAUGGCAAACGGCUCUACGCCAGUCAAUCCUUUUCUUGUACAAAUUGUGCCAUUGGCAUUUUCCAGUGACUUGUUAUUGCAGUUGGUCAUUACGCAAAGUGCGGCUCACCGCGCCUUCCGGUCGCGCGAUGAUUCCGAUACGAUUGCCCACAGUCAUUAUUCCAAAGCCCUUCUACAUUUCCGGCGUGGAGUGACUGAUUUCAUCGACGGCAAGGAGACUAAUCCGCUCAUGCUCCUGGUCGGAGCGCUUUUGAUGUGUUUUACAGAGACCGCGAAAGGCGAUAUGAACGGCACAAUAUUCGACCACUUAUCAGCCGCAAACUCCCUUUUGGUAAAGCUCCUCGCUCAAAGUGAUACGGCGGUACCGCGUGAUUUGAAAGACUUUGUCAUCGAGUACUACACCUACACUGCAACCGUGAGCAUGAUUUCGAUCGAUGCCCGAUUCAGCGGGCAGUUGUUCCUGAACCUCGACCUCGAGGAACGGUCGCGCGAACUGCUACGCACUCAGUACGUGGGCAACUUGUGCGGCUGUUGGCUGGAACUGCUGCUGCUCAUCCCAUGCAUUUUCGAUCUUGGUCGGCAGUGGAUCAUGGACGACACGCAGGCGGUCGUGCCAACAGCCGAUGAUCUCGCCAUGUUUGCAUCCAUCCAAGCACAGGUAUUGCGCUGGUCGCCUUACCCCAAUGUCCCGAUGGAUGUCCACCUUGCCGGUUUAAUCUUUCAACAAGCUAUACUCAUCUAUUUAUACACCUCUCUAGGAGGGUUCCGAUAUACCGCAGACGGGAUGUUCAGGGGCUUGGUGGACAAUGCCGUGACCGAAGCCAUGUCAUAUCUCAAUGACUUGUCACCCAGCGCGCGUAUCAAUUCUGGUCUAUGCUGGCCAAUUGCGUUGGUCGGGUCCUGUCUUGUGAACGUCGACCAGCAAGAAAGAUUGCGACGACGUCUAAAUGCAAUGAUAGAGAAGUUUGGACUAGGCAACAUGCACCGCACGCUGCUUCUACUCGAAGCAAUGUGGCAAUUGCCCAUAUCUGAAGCCGGGCCAUGGAAUAUCUGUCGGGCGAUGCAGCAAAAUCAAAUAUGGAUUUCAUUUGCGUGA